AGUCCCCAAACCCCAUAUCUCCCGUCUGGGGGGUCCCAUGGGGGGGUUGUUGUCCCCCCAGCCCCCCCUUUUCGUGUCCCCCCCCACAGAACAGUGUCCUGUCCACGGGCACCACGAGGAGCAGGAACUCCCCCCUCCUGGACCGGGCCAGCCUGGGCCAGAGCUCCCUGCAGAACGGCAAGGACAGCGGGGCCCCCCCCCGUGUCCCGGCAGCGUCGCCCUCCGCGCACAACGUGAGCCAGGGGGGCCCCGGGGAGCGGCCCAGCUUCCCCCGGGGGGUCUCGAGCCGCAGCACCUUCCACGCGGGGCAGCUGCGGCCCCCCCGGGACCCCCCCCUGCCCUACGCGCUGCCCCCCGGGCUGCCCCCCCCCGCCUCCCCCUCGGGCACCAGCCAGGGCCGGCGCGGCCCCUCGGCCUCGGCCUCGCUCUUCAGCAAGUUCACCUCCAAGUUCGUGCGCAGAAAUCUGUCUUUCAGGUUUGCCAGAAGGAACCCGCACGAGCCCGAGAGCAAGGACAGGGUGGAGACACUGAGACCGGCCGUGGGCCCCGACAAGGACCCCCGGGACGCCGGCGCUCGCGACGCCAAACCGCGUUCUUUGCGUUUCACGUGGAGCAUGAAGACCACGAGCUCCCUGGAGCCCGGGGAGAUGCUGCGCGAGAUCCGCAAGGUCCUGGACGCCAACAGCUGCCGCUGCGAGCCCCAGGAGCGCUUCGUGCUGCUCUGCGCCCACGGCAGCCCCGGCCACGACUCCUUCGUGCAGUGGGAGAUGGAGGUUUGCAAACUGCCCCGGCUCUCCCUCAACGGCGUCCGCUUCAAGCGCAUCGCCGGCACCUCCAUGGCCUUCAAGAACAUCGCCUCCAAGGUGGCCAACGAGCUCAAGCUCUGAGCCACCGCCCCCCGGGCGCCGGGGAGGGCCCCCGGGGCGGCCGCCGAGCCCGAGCUCUGAGCCGCCGCCGCCGCGGAGCGACUCCGAGGUGGCCACCGAGCUCCGGGUCGUGGGCACGGCCGCGGUGACCCGGGAGCGCCCUCCGAGCUCCGAGCCGCGCGCGGGGAGGGGACCCAGAGCGCCUCCGGGGUGGCCGCCGGGCUCGGAGUCACGGACACGGACGUGGCAACCCGGGAGCGCCUCCGAGGUGGCCGAGGAGCUCCGAGUCGUGGACGUGGCGACCUGGAGCACUUCUGAGGUGGCCGCCGAGCUCUGAGCCAUGGACGCGGACGUGGCAACCCGGGAGCGCCUCUGGGGUGGCCGAGGAGCCCAAGCUCUGAGCCACGGACAGGGAGGGGACCCAGGACACCUCCACGGUGGCCACCAAGCUCCAGGUCACGGACACGGACAGGGAGGGGACCCGGGACACCUCCAAGGUGGCCGAGGAGCUCCAAGUCAUGGACGUGGAUGUGGUGGCCUGGGAGCACCUCCGAGGUGGCCACUGAGCUCUUGAGCCAUGGACACGGCCAGGAGGGUCCCCAGGGCGGACGUGGGAGCACCGGAUGGACCUGGGACCUCUGGGGAUCACCUGGAUGGACCCUCUGGGGGGUCCAGGUAUUCAGGGGGACGUCCUGGAUGGACCCAGGACCACUGGGAUGGAUCCAGGACCUCCAGGAUGGACCUGGGACCUCUGGGGAUCACCUGGAUGGACCUUGUGCAGGGUCCAGGUCUUCUUGGGGACGUCCUGGAUGGACCCGGGGUCACCUGGAUGGACCUGGGACCUCUGGGGACGUUCUGUGGGGUCCAGGGCCUUGGAGGAACGUGGGGACAUCCUGGAUGGACCUUUGGGGACAAGUGUCCAGGCCUGGAUGGCCCUGGGACCUGUGUGGGGACACCCUGGUGGCCCAAGGACCUGUGGGGAUCGUCUUGGGGGGAGGUGACAAGGUCCUCCUGAGGGUGGGGGGGAUGUCCUGGGUGGUCCAGGGACCUCUGGGGACAUCUGGGCUGGAGCCGGGACCCGCGGGGACGUUCUGAGGGGUCCUGGGGACAUCGUGGGUGGAUCAGGGACCUCGAGGGACGUCCCGGGUGGCCCGAGAAGACUUGGGGACAGCUGGGGACGGCCCAGGGCCACGUGGGGACAUCCUGGGUCACCUGGGGACAUCCCGGGUGACCCCCAGGGACGUCCCGAGCCUUAUGGGGGGGGGACAUGGGGACAGUCCCCUCCCAGGGCCCCCCCCCCCCGGUGGCCUUAUGGGAGUUCCCCCCCCCUCUGUGGGGACAGGGGGGGUCCCCUCGUGCCCCUCCCCCGCGGGGUGUCCCCCGGCCCCUCCCCCCGCACUCAGGAAGGCCCCGGGGGGGGAGGGGCGGGGCCGCUGCUGCUCCCGGGGGUCGCCCCCCCCCACCCCCAAAUUUUGACCUGCUGUAGCCCCGCCCCCGGCCGGAGGGGUGGGGACAUGCCCAGGGGAGGGGCUGAGCUGUGGCCACGCCCCUGGCCACACCCCCUCCGCGGUGGAUUUUCCAGGUUCUAAUUAAAAACUUUCCAGAAAGA